AUGCUGCAUCUGGAGGUGCUGCUUUUAACAGUUUUAGCCAGAGCAGAGGAGCCUGCAUGCAGAGUCCAAGCAAAUCCAAUGCUGACUACUUUUUCAAAGCCUGGAGACAUCAUACUUGGAGGAAUUUUUGCUUUUCAUGGCCUUGAGAAUGCAAAAUAUACAUUUAAGACAGUUCCAGAAGCAGCCAAAUGUAAAGGUUUAAGUUACAUUGAAUUGCAGAUUGCAAGAACAAUGAUAUUUGCAAUUGAAGAAAUAAAUAACAGCUCAUCUCUGCUUCCAGAUGUUUCGCUGGGCUAUAAAAUAUUUGAUAUUUGUAGUUCCAUUCAUUUAUCUAUAAAAGCUGCAUUAAUUUUAAUGAAUGAAAAUGAAGGUGUUGAAUCGCUUCCUGCUAAGCAAUGUAAUAAAACUUCAAAUGUUCAUGCAAUAAUUGGAAUGUCUGGUUCAUCACACACCAUAGUUGUUGCAAGAGCUAUCCAGUCUUUUCAUAUUCCACUGAUAAGUUAUAUUGCCACAUGUGCCUGUCUCAGCAAUAAACAGGAAUUCCCUACUUUCUUCAGGACCAUCCCAAGUGAUUCUUAUCAAAGUAGAGCCCUUGCGCAGCUUGUGAAGCAUUUUGGAUGGACUUGGAUUGGGACAAUUAGAAGUGACAAUGAUUAUGGUAACUUAGGAAUGGCUACUUUUAUACAAGCUGUUCAGGAGCAGGGCAUUUGCAUUGAAUAUUCAGAAUCAAUCUACAGGACUUACCCUAGUGAGAAAAUUGCAGCAACAGUGCGUAUCAUAAAAGAAUCUUCUUCAAAAGUUAUUGUUGCUUUUGUCACACAGCAAGAUAUGCAAAUCCUUCUGAAAGAGCUGAUUGCUCAAAAUAUUACAGGGAGGCAGUGGAUUGGCACUGAAGGCUGGAUUUCUGCUCGCAUUUUUGCAACAGAGGAGAGCUACAAAAUAUUAGGCGGCUCUAUUGGAUUUGCAAUUAGUGAAGCUGAAAUACCAGGUCUGAAAGACUAUAUUCUGAACAUACAUCCAUCUCAAGAUCCUGGCAAUGCUCUUCUCAAUGAAUUUUGGGAAACAAUUUUUCACUGUACAAUGAGUCCCAAAGAAAACAUUUCAACUCUUACUCCUUGCAGAGGAUCUGAAAAUUUAAGAGAUAUUAGCAAUGACUAUACUGAUAUUUCUGAGCUAAGAAUUCCUAGUAAUGUUUAUAAAGCAGUAUAUGCUAUCGCCUAUUCUCUUCAAAAUCUACUAAACUGCAAGAAUGGAGAAGGACCGUUUGUCAAUAAAACAUGUGCCAAUAAAAUAAACAUUGAGCCCUGGCAGGUGCUACAUUAUUUGAAAACUGUGAAUUUUAUAACUAAUUAUGGAGAGAAUGUGUAUUUUGAUGAGAACGGAGACCCAACAGCAAAAUACGAUUUAAUAAACUGGCAAAACAACAAAUACGGCAACGUACAGUUUAUAAAAAUUGGCAUCUAUGAUGCAUCUCUGCCAGAUGGAAAAGCAUUUAAAAUGAACAACAUCAGCAUUGUUUGGGUGGGAAAUCCAGGCAAGGUGCCAAGAUCAGUAUGCAGUGAGAGCUGUUAUGCAGGAACUCGAAAAGCAGUUAAGCAAGGACGACCUGUAUGUUGCUUUGACUGCAUCCCUUGUGCAGAAGGUGAAUUUAGCAAUGUAACAAAUUCCAUUGACUGCAUCAGCUGCCCUUUGGAAUACAGAUCAAAUGAGCAGCGAAGUGCAUGCAUUUUAAAAGAAAUUGAAUUCCUGUCAUUUGGAGAACUCAUGGGAACUCUACUUUUAAUAUUUUCUUUAUCUGGUAGCACUGUUACCUUUCUUGUAGCACUGGUUUUCUUUUAUUAUAGAGACACUCCUAUUGUUAGAGCAAAUAAUUGUGAAUUGAGUUUUCUUCUCCUUUUGUCACUGACUUUGUGUUUUCUUUGUGCUCUCACCUUUAUUGGUGAGCCUUCUGCCUGGUCCUGUAAGUUGCGCCAUACGGCUUUUGGGAUCACUUUUGUCUUGUGUAUCUCAUGUGUCCUGGGGAAGACCUUAGUGGUGUUAAUGGCAUUCAGGGCUACGCUACCAGGGAGUAAUAUAAUGAAAUGGUUUGGACCAACUCAGCAGCGCCUUAGCGUUUUUGCCUGUACUUUUAUCCAGAUAUUAAUUUGCUCAUUCUGGCUAAUAAUUUCACCUCCUUUCCCAAAUAAAAACUUGAUAUCCUACAAUGAUAAAAUUAUUUUAGAAUGUGACGUUGGAUCAGCAGCAGCUUUUUAUGCUGUUUUAGGUUACAUAGGAUUUCUUUCAUCGAUAUGCUUUAUUCUAGCAUUUCUGGCUCGGAAGUUGCCAGACAACUUUAAUGAAGCAAAAUUUAUCACAUUUAGCAUGCUUCUAUUCUGUGCAGUUUGGAUCACUUUUAUUCCAGCAUAUAUCAGCUCACCAGGAAAGUUUACAGUAGCAGUUGAAAUAUUUGCUAUUUUGGCCUCUAGCUUUGGUUUGCUUUUCUGCAUUUUUGCUCCCAAAUGUUACAUUAUAUUACUGAAGCCUGAAGAAAAUACAAAAAAGCACCUGAUGGGAAAACCACCUAACAAGUCGCACUGA